ACUCAACGACCAUCGACAACUUGGAUCUCCUCCAACUCUCAAUUUCCUUCUUUUCCAUAUCUUCGUCACAUUAUCCAAUAUGUCGGCGACUUUGGACUCAAAGUCUGUUGGCCAGACGAAGAAGUUUGGAAAGGGCGAGAGGACCAUUCCCGCCCAAAAGGCACAAAAGUGGUAUCCCACCGAGGAUGAAUGCCAACCGAAGAAAGUUCGCAAGACAAACCACCCUGCUAAGCCCCGGCCCAGUCUUCAACCCGGCACAAUCCUCAUCCUCCUCGCUGGUCGUUUUCGUGGCAAGCGCGUCAUCCUCCUCAAGCACCUCCCACAGGGUGUUCUCCUCGUUACUGGUCCUUUCAAACUAAAUGGUGUUCCUCUCAGAAGAGUAAACGCCAGAUACGUCAUUGCCACGAGCGCAAAGGUUGAUCUCAAGGGCAUUGACGAUAAGGUUUUAGAAAAAGCUGCCGAAUCUGACUACUUCAACCGGGAGAAGAAGGCAGAGAAAAAGGGAGAGGAAGCGUUCUUCAAGCAGGGAGAAAAGCCCGAGAAGAAGAAAGUCGCCACCGCCCGUGCCAAUGACCAAAAGGCUAUUGACCAACCCCUUUUGGCCACUAUCAAAAAGGAGCAGUUCCUUGCCAGUUACCUUUCCUCCAGCUUCAGUCUACGGAAGGGCGACAAGCCUCACGAGAUGAAGUGGUAAUCUGGUGCGUUGUCAAACGAGGAAAUGGAAAUAGAAAGAAAUUGGCGGCGUGUUUUUUUUCUUUUUUCACUCUGUUUUUGUCUGUUUUCAUGUGUGGGCUUUGUUUGGGGAAACAUUUUGCUCUUCGGAAGCAAUUAAAAAAAAGGGAAAAAAAUAUUAAAAAUUUACACCAAGCCUUUCCAAAGGUUCCUUUUCAAUGAGAUAAUGUACAAUCCCAUGGCUAUGGCGACUCUUCUCACAAUUAAUUUGAUGGUUUCAUCAAAAUCCCUUUAUUCCAUUUGGUGAACCCCCACACGCCCUCUUUUUUUAUUCUGCAAAGGCAUUCCUUAGCACACGCCGCUUGCAAUGCAAUACCUUUAUCCGAAGC